AUGGCGAGCGCUGUGGCGAGUGACAGCUCCAUGAUCCACCCCAUCGUCUUCAGUCCUGAACCAGGGUCUGGGUCCAAGAGUCCGGGGGCGGCGAUGGCGAGCGCUGUGGCGAGUGACAGCUCCAUGAUCCACCCCAUCGUCUUCAGUCCUGAACCAGGGUCUGGGUCCAAGAGUCCGGGGGCGGCGAUGGCGAGCGCUGUGGCGAGUGACAGCUCCAUGAUCCACCCCAUCGUCUUCAGUCCUGAACCAGGGUCUGGGUCCAAGAGUCCGGGGGCGGCGAUGGCGAGAGCUGUGGCGAGUGACAGCUCCAUGAUCCACCCCAUCGUCUUCAGUCCUGAACCAGGGUCUGGGUCCAAGAGUCCGGGCUGGAGGCCUGAUUCUGCUGACACUGAUGAUGGUUUCCAGAGAGGACCAGGACCAGGACCAGGACCGGGACCAGGACCAGGACCAGAACUGCUCAUCUCCAGCUCUUUACAAAGUGAAUAUAAGAAGAGUUUGGAGCGUAAAUGUGAGAGUGUGUGUGAAGGAUCUGAGUCCGGGAGCAGGAGUGUCCUGAGCAGGAUCUAUACCGAGCUCUACAUCACACACGCUCUUCGUGACGAGGCCUGUGCUCAACACGAAGAGACGCAGAUGGAGACACUGUCCACGAGGACCUCCCAGGAGACCCCCAUCCGCUGUCAGGACCUCUUCAAACCUCUGCCCCCGGAGCAGCAGGGGGCGGGACCCAGGACGGUGCUGACCUGUGGCGUGGCGGGGGUGGGGAAGACCUUCUCAGUCCUGAAGUUCUGCCUGGACUGGACUCAGGACCUGGAGAACCAGGACCUGCAGCUGCUGGUGCCGCUGUCCUUCAGAGAGCUGAACCUGACCAGAGGGGGGCGCUACAGUCUCCUGGAGCUCAUACAGGUCUUCCACCCAGAGCUGAAGAAACAGACCCUCUCCGCUCACACUCUGUCCGUCUCCAAAGUCCUCUUCGUCCUCGACGGACUCGAUGAGAGCAGACUGUCUCUAGACUUCGCCUGUGAGCUCGUCUCUGAGGUCACGCAGAGCGCAGAGAUGUCGGAGGAGGUUCUGGAGGAACUAGUCCCCAUUCAGUACAAUACGUCUCCAGAAGGACGGCGCAGACUGGUGUCCGCUGUGAGGAACUGCAGACAGGCUCAACUCUCCAGUUGUGAAUUGUCCCGGAGCCACCUGCAGGUGGUGCUGUCUGCUCUGAGGUCCAGUCCCUCCCACCUCAGACUCUUGGACCUAAGUUACAACAGCAUCGUCCACUCAGAGAUGUCGACGUUAUGUGACGGGUUCCGGAGCCCCAACUGUCGCCUGGAGACUCUCAGGCUGAAGAGGUGUGGCCUGAGGGGGCAGAGCUGUGGGUCUCUGGGCUCGGCGCUGGAAUCAAACCCGUCACAUCUGAGAGAACUGGACCUGGGACGAAACAUGGACCUGAAAGACUCAGUGUCUCAUCUGAGCGGCUUCCUGCGGAGUCCACACUGUCGCCUGGAGAUCCUCAGGUUGUACAGGUGCAGGUUGUCCGCCCUCGGUUGUGGCUCUCUUUCCUCCGCUCUGCAGGAAAACCCUUCACACCUCAAAGAACUGGACCUUGGGGGGAACCCAGACCUCAGUGACUCGGGAGCGUCUCAUCUGAGCGGGUUUCUGAGGAGUCCUCUCUGUCGCCUGCAGACCCUCAGGCUGAGCAGCUGCAGGUUGUCAGAGGUCGCCUGUUCCUCUCUGGCCUCAGCUCUGACCUUUAACCCCUCGCACCUCACUCACCUGGACCUGGGCGACAACACAAACAUCCAGGACUCUGGGGUCUCUCACCUGUGCGGGUUUCUACAGCGUCCGGACUGUGGACUGAAGAGCCUCCGGCUGUACCAGUGUGGCCUGACAGGGUGCAGCUGUGUGGACCUGGCCUCGGCUCUGGAGUCUAACCCCUGUUACUUGAAUGAGCUGAGCCUGGAGGGGAACGGGCUGAGGCUGCAGCAGACUUUCACAGAACUGAAGUCUAAUAAAAGCCUGUUCCUGUUUCUCCGUAAACAGCAAAUCCUGGUUUUGUGA